CGGGGAGCGCGCGGGCCGUGCUCGCGCCGCCGCCGCCGCCGCGCCCGCUUCAGCACCUUCCGCUGUCCGCUGGUGCGGUCGCCGCCUCCUCCAGGUGCUGACUGUUCUGAUGCCGAAUUUCCAAUUGCCUUGAUUAAAGUAGAAACAUUCUAUGGCUUGGAUGACUUACAUUUCAAAUUGGUUUGAGCAAGAUGAUUGGUAUGAAGGACUACAAAGAGCAAACAUGUCCCAGGUCAGGCAAGUGGGCUUGCUGGCUGCCGGAUGUCAGCCAUGGAACAAAGAUGUAUGUGCUGCCAGUGGAGACAGGUUUGCAUACUGUGCCACCCUGGCCAUCUAUAUUUACCAGUUGGAUCACCGUUAUAAUGAAUUCAAACUUCGUGCAAUUAUGUCUGAACAUAAAAAAACAAUCACAGCUAUCUCUUGGUGUCCACAUAACCCUGAUGUGUUUGCAAGUGGCAGUACCGAUAAUUUAGUGAUCAUUUGGAAUGUUGCAGAACAAAAAGUCAUUGCUAAGCUCGACAAUACAAAAGGGAUGCCUGCCUCUCUUAGCUGGUGCUGGAACGCAGGUGACGCCGUGGCAUUUGUUUCCCACAGAGGACCACUAUUCAUUUGGACCGUCUCAGGCCCAGAGAGUGGGGUGACUGUGCACAAGGAAGCACAUGGCUUCUUGUCUGAUAUCUGUAUAUUCAGAUGGCACACCCAGAAAAAGGGAAAAGUUGUAUUUGGUCAUAUUGAUGGAAGUCUGUCAAUUUUUCAGCCAGGUAAUAAAAGUCAGAAACAUGUUCUGAGACCUGAAUCUCUUGAAGGGACAGAUGAGGAAGAUCCAGUGACAGCCCUGGAAUGGGACCCACUGUCUACCGAUUAUCUCCUUGUGGCUAAUAUGCAUUUUGGAAUUCGCCUGCUAGAUUCGGAAUCACUUUAUUGCAUAACAACAUUUAAUUUUCCCAGUGCAGCAGCUUCUGUUCAGUGCUUGGCCUGGGUUCCCAGUGCUCCUGGGAUGUUUGUAACUGGGGAUUCUCAAGUGGGGGUUUUGCGCAUUUGGAAUGUUUCAAGAACAACACCUAUUGAUAAUUUUAAAUUAAAGAAAACAGGGUUUCACUGCUUACAUGUACUUAAUUCUCCUCCAAGAAAAAAGUUUUCAAGCCAGUCUCCAACUAAAAAUCAUUAUAUGUCCUCAACAAGUGAAGCAGGUUCACCCCCAACUUUGACACAGAAUCAGGCAUUUUCUCUUCCUCCCGGGCAUGCAGUGUGCUGCUUCUUGGAUGGUGGAGUUGGACUUUAUGACUUGGAAGCCAAGAAGUGGGAUUUUCUUAGGGACUUGGGACAUGUGGAAACGAUCUUUGACUGCAAAUUCAAACCUGAUGAUCCCAAUCUUUUAGCAACAGCUUCUUUUGAUGGCACUAUAAAAGUCUGGGACAUAAACACACUAACAGCUGUGUACACCUCACCGGGUAAUGAAGGGGUUAUUUACUCCCUAUCAUGGGCCCCAGGUGAUUUAAAUUGUAUUGCUGGAGCAACUUCCCGAAAUGGUGCUUUUAUUUGGGAUGUUAAAAAGGGCAAAAUGGUGCAACGAUUUAAUGAGCAUGGAAAAAAUGGAAUAUUCCGCGUUGCCUGGAGUCAUAAAGAUUCCAAAAGAAUAGCUACCUGCAGUGGUGAUGGUUUCUGUAUUAUUCGAACAAUUGAUGGUAAAGUGCUACACAAAUACAAACAUCCAGCUGCGGUGUUUGGUUGUGAUUGGAGCCAAAACAACAAAGACAUGAUAGCCACUGGCUGUGAAGAUAAAAAUGUUCGUGUCUAUUACGUGGCCACCAGCUCUGAUCAACCACUGAAAGUAUUUAGUGGACAUACUGCAAAAGUGUUCCAUGUUAAAUGGUCUCCUCUGAGCGAAGGAAUUCUUUGUAGUGGUUCUGAUGAUGGUUCUGUUCGAAUCUGGGAUUAUACUCAAGAUGCUUGCAUAAACAUUCUUAGUGGCCACACUGCCCCUGUGAGGGGAUUAAUGUGGAAUACUGAGAUUCCGUAUCUACUCAUAUCCGGCAGCUGGGACUACACUAUAAAAGUAUGGGACACGCGAGAAGGAACGUGUUUGGAUACUGUUUAUGACCACGGUGCAGAUGUAUACGGUUUGACAUGUCAUCCGAGCCGCCCCUUCACUAUGGCGUCUUGCUCCCGAGAUUCUACAGUGAGACUCUGGUCGUUAACACCUUUAAUCACUCCUCUACAAAUAAAUAUUCUGGCAGACAGAUCUUGGGAAGAAAUUAUUGGAAACACUGAUCAUGCUAUAGCACAAGGCACUCCUCCUCUAUUGUGUGGUAAAGUAUCAAGAGAUAUUAAACACGAAAUAGAGAAACUAACUGGUAAUCCUCGAGCAAAAAAACUAAGAUGGUUUUCAGAAUGUUUAUCCCCUCCAGGUGGCAGUGACAAUUUGUGGAACUUAGUUGCUGUGAUCAGAGGGCAGGACGACAGCUUGCUUCCUCAGAACUACUGUAAAGGAAUAAUGCAUUUGAAGCAUCUGAUUAAAUUUAGAACAUCUGAAGCCCAAGAAUUGACGACAGUCAAGAUGUCUAAAUUUGGUGGUGGUAUCGGUGUCCCCACUAAGGAGGAAAGGCUGAAGGAAGCUGCUGAUAUACAUUUGAGAUUAGGACAAAUUCAGAGAUACUGUGAACUGAUGGUUGAACUUGGAGAGUGGGACAAAGCCUUGUCAGUUGCACCAGGGGUGUCUGUGAAAUACUGGAAGAAGUUGAUGCAGAGGAGAGCAGAUCAAUUAAUCCAGGAAGAUAAGGAUGAUGUCGUUCCAUACUGCAUUGCCAUUGGUGAUGUGAAAAAAUUAGCCAACUUUUUUAUGUCGAGAGGUCAGCUUAAAGAAGCUCUGCUUGUUGCACAGGCUGCUUGUGAGGGAAACAUACAGACCUUACAUGUUUCUACACCGAAAGGAUCUUCAUAUUCUGAUGAUAUCUACCAGGAAGACUUUAAUGAACUCCUGCACAAAGUCAGUGAAGAACUGGCUGAGUGGUAUUUUCAGGACGGUCGUGCUGUGCUCGCGGCGUGUUGCCAGCUAGCUGUGGAUAACACUGAGCUUGCUAUGGCGUACCUGAUUCGCGGGAAUGAGCUAGAGUUGGCCGUGUGUGUGGGCACAGUGCUGGGGGACGCUGCAGCACCCGCGACCCACUAUGCCCUGGAAUUGUUGGCAAGAAAAUGCAUGAUGACUCCAACAUGCUUUCCAUCUGUUGGAUACAGUUUCCCCUUUUGUUAUGUGCAUAGGAACCUGGCAGCUGAUCUUCUCCUGAUGAUUCCUGAUAAUGAACUGCAGUUAGUUAAACUCUGUGCUUUCUACCCAGGGUGUACUGAAGAGAUAAAUGAUCUUCAUGAAAAGUGCAAGCUACCCACGGUAGAGGAAUGUAUGCAGUUAGCAGAGACAGCCCAGGCAGAUGGUAAUAUAUUUGAAACUGUGAAGUAUUAUUUGUUAAGUCAGGAACCUGAAAAAGCCCUUCCUAUUGGUAUUGAUUACAUCAAAGAAUACAUCACUAGUUCAAAUUGGACAUUGGAUACCAUUUAUCCUGUUCUUGACCUGUUGAGUUAUAUUCGUACUGAAAUAUUAGUCUUGCAUACAUGUACUAAAGCUCGAAAUGAAUUGCUCAUAUUAUGUGGUUAUAUUGGUGCAUUAUUGGCUAUCAGAAGACAGUACCAAAGCAUUGUUCCAGCACUUUAUGAGUACACAAGCCAGCUAUUAAAACAUCGGGUGGUGUCAGUGCCUUUAAAAAUUGAGCACCUUUCUGAGGAGUUGGAUGCGUGGAGAGCUUGCACGCAAUCCGUCAGCCGAUCAUCAGAAGAGUCUGCAUAUACGCCCCCUUCUGAUUCACAAAAGAUGGUUUAUGCAACUUUACUAAAGAGACUACAGCAAGAACCACUCGGAGGAAUUGUUGGACCAGAUUACGUGACUGGAUCAAACCUGCCCAGUCAUUCUGACAUCCACAUCUCUUGUCUUACGGGAUUAAAAAUCCAGGGCCCUGUAUUUUUCCUUGAAGAUGGGAAAUCCACUAUCUCAUUGAAUGACGCUUUGAUGUGGGCAAAGGUGAACCCAUUCUCACCUUUAGGGACUGGAAUACGACUCAACCCAUUUUGACAGAAAGUUUUUCUCCUUGUUUAAUUGUUUUUUUUAAAGACCUUUUGUGGGUUAGUAUUACCUUAGCCUUUGUUGUCCAAGAGCCAAAGGUUGAAGGAAGCUGGGGAGGUGGGGAAUAAGGGUUGACUCUAUAAAUUAUCUUCAAAAAAUAAAAUAUUUAUAUAAUUUCAAGGAAAAAUAGAUGUGUCCUUUAUAAAAUAGAAUAGCCAUAUUUGGGAGAAAGAUAAUAUUUAAGUUAUAAAAGACUGAAAAAUCUAAAAGAGCAUAUAUAAGUUUCACAAAGGUACCAGAAUUUCAUAAAAGGUACCAAAAUAUUAUAUUGUUGAAACAUUGAAACAUAUAAAAUAAUGCAAUACCUACAAUAGUGCUUGACAUAGAGUAAGUACUUAAUAAAUAUUGGAAUGACCAAGUGUCUUGAGAUAUCAAAAUAUAGGGUAUGUGUAACUGAUCUUCAAGUUAACAAACACCCAUACUGUCCUCUAUAAAAUAUAUCGUAAACCAGUAGUUUCAGUUCAUAUUUAAUAAAAGUUUCCAGUUAUGAGUUUGAUAUGUAUCAAUAAAUGGAUACAUAGUCAAAAUACUUU